ACCAGAGGCAGCAGCAGCAGCAGCAGCGAUCUGGAUCACGUGGCGGCGGCUCAUCCGCCCCCUCUCGAGGCUCCAAAUCGCGAUUGCGGGAGAUAACGCUGCGAGAGCGCGAGCUGCGGGUCAAGGUGGAGGGCACCAGGGCAAGCAUCCAAGAAACCGAGCAGUCGGUGAAGGAGCUGGAGCCCGAUGUGGCUGAUACCGUAAACACGGUUCACUGGGCGCAUGCAGUACACUGCCCGCCGUACAAUUCCCGCGCCACGCAUGAGCUGUGCAUGCGGCUGAUGCGGGCGGGCAUGGCGGCAUGGGGGCAGAAGCAACCGCCGCCGCCGCAGCAGCAGCAGCAGACGUCGCUUGGUGGGGUAAUAGCGAGCGGCGGCGGUGGUGUCGUGGCUGGAGCUGCACGCUCGGCGGAGGGCGUGGGUGUUGCGGCAAAGCCGUCCUGCAGCUCUGCAGCUGGCGCCUGCUCAUCAGCAAUCGCAUCAGCAGCAGCCUCCUCUCCUUCCCAAAGUUCUUCCUCAGCCUCCGCCUCUCCAGCCGCUUCGACGCCCUCCCCAUGUCUUCAUUCAUCGCAGCACGCAGGGAGUGAGCAAACGCGCGACAUGCAUGAGACCAUGGCCGCGGCGGCAGCUGCAAGUCCUGCCGGGCAAGCUUCGCAGCCGCCUUCUCCGUCGCAGCACCGCCCCCCGGACUCCCAGCCUUCACCGCUCUCGCCCGACGCGUUGCCUCAGUCCCCAGCGCCAUCCUCUUCACAACCAACACCUUCACCUGCACCCUCACCCUCACCCCAGCCGGCCGCUGUCGUGCCCGCUGCGGAGGCCCCCCUGCUGGUGCAUGCGGCCCUGCGCUGCGCUCGUACGGCAAUGCUGGUGGUGAUGUGGCGUAAGUGGCAGCCACAGGCGCAGACACAACGGCAGGAUGAGCAGCCGCAGCCAUUAUCGGUGCUGCAUGGAGAUGCGAAUGGGGGGGCCAGCCGGCCGCCGUGCCUCUCCCAUGCAGCAGCGUCGCGCCUGAGGGAAUGGUGGAGUGCGCUGCUAGAAGCUGCAGAAUGGGCAGCCCAGAAUCCGGCUCGGGAAGAGCCAGCCAUGGGACCCACGGGUCACACGCCGGCUUUGAGUAGCACCACCACCACCGCCGCCGCCGCCGCCGCCGCCGGAAGCAGCACCCACUCGGCCUCCGCUGGUGUGGCGCCCCCUGCCGCCCCAUCCGCUUCAGAGGAAUCGGCGGCAGCUCACGCGGAGCUGCUGGAGUGGGUGGGCAGCUGCUUGGCUGGCGGAACGUGCCUGGGCUGCUUUGAAGGCACUGAGCUGCCAGCCGACGCCUCCUCAGCCCUAGCGGGGGGCGCCGCUCUUUUCGCCGCAACCCCCACAUGCGGCUCCCUACCCCCCGUUCCCUUCCCUGACGUCGACGCUGCCCUGGCUGCCGGCUGGCUCACUGCAGUGCGCCGCAUGACACUGCGCGCCGCAGCAACGGAGGCGCUGCCGCCGAUGCCGCCGCGCUCGUCGCCAUCGUCGCCGCUACCGCCAGCCUUGACUUCUCCCGAACCCGCCAACCCGGCGGCGCCAUGCGGGCAAUGCCGCACAGAUGCCCCGGAGCCGCAUGCACGGGCGUUGCCGCCACAAGCUUUGCUG